AGAUUUGUGUCCAAAUAGAUUUAGCCCAAUCUGUAGUUAAGUACGUCAAAAUAGGGAAGAAAAAACAAAGAGUUAUCUAUGAAGGGGUUAGCGCUCUAUGCUUCCAUUGUGGAAGAAUUGGACAUCGCAAUAAUCAAUGCCCCAACAUUAACCAGGUCCCAAGUAGUACCAGUUUACCGUCUUGUUGCAACAAGCGGCGAUCUACCCCAAGAUCUUUUAGAGUCAAAUCCUUGGUUGCCUCAGCCACCACCAGAUGGAUCUCUUCCCAUUCUUUCCCUAACACCUAAGAACUCAAUUUGGCGUGCUCCAAUCCUUACAGAUAUGGGGGUGAAUUUACCAGAGAUAACCCAUCGCAUCCCACCACCAGCAGAAGACUUGAAUCAGGCAAAUCUUUACAAGAUAUUCAACUUACAUGCAUCAUUUGAAGGUGAUGACAUUCCAAGGGAAGAUGUAAAAAAUUCAUCUAUUUUCAAAAGUGCUGUGGUCACUAAUGACCCCAACGAAGAGGGACUUCAAGAUGCUAGUCCUCCCAUAUCACUUUCUGCUAGUGAGAUUCCUAACGUGGACAUCUCCUUACCCCUUGCCGGUGAUGAAGCCAUUGUUAGCCCAACUGAUUCAGAUGGUUUAGCAAGUGGCUUGUGGCUUCUCUGGGAUGACUCGAUUGUUGCAAUGGAAGUGGUUUCUCAGACUCCCCAAGCAAUCCAUGCAGUUGUCCAGAAGAUGUGGUCCAUUGUCAAAGAUACCCUCUGUGUUGAUAUUGAAGAGAUCUUUGCUACUGGCAUCAUUCCUUCUAAGGGGUGUGAGUUCCUUAUUGUGCUUAUCCCCAAAGUCAAAGCUCCUGAAACCAUUCAUCAAUUCAGACUGAUUAGAUUAGGACAGAGUGUUAAUCUUAAAAAAUCUAGAAUCCUCUUCUCAAAGAACGUGGACCAGGCCUCUCGGGAAGCUAUUUGCUCCACAUUGGGAUAUACUCCAACAGACGAUUUGGGUAAAUAUCUUGGUAUACCUAUCUCGGCUCAAAAAUUGAAUAAGAGCAAAUGGCAAUUUGUCGUGGAUAAAGUUCAGGGUAAACUCGCUAGUUGGAAAUCUAAAUUCUUAUCCUUUGCUAGUCGUACCACUCUUGCAAAUUCUGUUUUGGCCUCCAUUCCGAACUACUAUAUGCAAUCAUCCUUCCUGCCUGCAUCUAUUCAUAUGGAGUUGGAUCGUACUCAUAGAAAUUUCAUUUGGGCUACCGAACCAGAACAAAGAAGGAUCCAUCUUGUAAAUUGGGACAAAGUCACUAAAGGUAAAAAGAAUGGGGGGCUCAGGUUGAAGAGCUCAAAGGAAUCCAACAUUAUUGUUAUGUCCAAGUUGAACUGGAGGUUGCAUAAAGAAAAAGACAAACGUUGGAGUGAACUUUACAGAAAGAAAUAUAACAUUUCUAAUCCUCACAUGGCACCUACUCAUUCUGGAUCUCCCUCUUGGAAAGCAAUUGGCAAAGCAACUGUAUUUGGCCCUCACAAUGCUAACUUUGCUAAUACUACUGUGGAAGAGUACUUUCAGGCUACGGGAGAGGCCCCUAAUUUGAUUAACUAUGAUCUCCCAAGUAAUAUGCUUGCUAUUAUUCAAGCUACCCCUAUCUCCUUGUCUUCCACAAGAGAUGACGGGUUUGCUCGAAAAACUCCCCCAAUGCUAGGCAUUUGUGCUUCGGCAUCCUGUCCUUGGUGUCACACUGAAGAUGAGACUGUCGAACAUUUGAUUAGGAUGUGCCCUAUAUCAUCUCAAAUCCUAGGAAGUCUCCUACCUGGCAUCUCCACUACACAGCAACAACAAUUAGAGUUUGUGGAAUGGCUACACUUUAAUAUUCAAUGCUCGGAGAAGUCAAACAUUCUAAACAUCCCUUGGAAUGUUGUUUUUUGCUUUGCCAUUUGGGGUAUUUGGCUUCACAGGAACCAACUCAUACAUUCAACCCACCCCUAUCCUAUUUGUUCUGCCUCUAAGCUUAUUAUUGAAAGAGCAGCAGAAUAUUAUAGUACAGUUCCUUAUAGGGGGCAGAACCAACGUCCCACUUGUAUGUAUAAAUGGAUCAAGCCUCCCCUGCCCUUUCUCAAAUUGAACGCCGAUGGCUCGGCUAUUGAUAAUCCUAGGAAGGUUGCAGGAGGUGGUCUAAUAAGAGAUUCUUGGGGUAACUGGACCCUUGGCUUUUCCAGAAGAAUUGGAUGGUCAUCUAUUCUGUUAGCAGAACUGUGGGCAAUUAGAGAUGGCCUCCAACUUGCUGUCUCUAGAAACUUUUCUCAUUUACUCAUUGAAACUGAUUCCUUUACUGCAGUUAAUUUAUUAUCUAAAGAUCCCAUUGACAACCAUCCACUUAGCUCUCUCGUGUUUGAUUGCAGGGACCUCCUUCGUUGUAUCCCCCAUGUGAAGAUCUCUCACGUGAUGCGUGAGUCAAACAUGGCUGUGGACAUUUUGGCUAAAAUGGGGCAGGACUUGUCUGAAGAUUUUGUUGUUUUUGAAUCUAUCGCCCAACCUGUUAUAAAUGCAUGUAUUGCUGACAUUGUUGGGGUUGAAUUCCCCAGAACUUGAUGAUGUAUUUCUUGGGUCUUCUUUUAUGAUACUAUCCUUUUCUACCAAAAAAAAAAAAAAAAAAACCAAAACUUCUUAAAAAUUUCGAUAACUCCUGUAUAGAGCAGUGCAGUGGUAGCUCCCACGGAAUUCUCACUGGACUUGAGAUCCCAAUCCCCUAAAACGUAACCCUGUUUAAGAAAACAAAAAAAGACUU